AUGCCUCCGUUCGUCCCGCGCAAAAGGCGCUCGCCUUCGCCCGAAGCUCCUCCUGCCAAACGAAGAGAAACUGCCCGUGGCAAGAAGGCUCCAGUCGACAAGAAGCCACCAGUUGACAAGAAAGCGCAACUCGAAAAGAAGCCAGCCAAAGCGAAGAGCAGCGUCUUCGAGGCCGUCGACACCCUCACUACCAAAGCGACUGCUGAAGAGGCGAAGAACUUCUUUGCGAGCGUUGGCCAAGGCGAUAGCGACGAUGAUGAAGAAGACGCUUCAUCAUCUGAGGAUGACGACGACUUUGAAGAUGUGCCCAUGAAGGAAGCACCGAAAGAGCAGGACGAAGAUGAGGACAUGGACUGGGAGAACGCUAUCCCAGCUCAGGAAGACACCGUCAACGACGACAGCGCCAUCCAAGACGUCAACAUUUCCAUCAACGAGGACGGCAGUGUCCAAGCCGUUGCUGCUGCUGAGCAACAAGCAAAGGCCAAGAAGGGCCCCUCUAAAAGAGAACGCCAGGCUCGCAUCCGAGCACAUUGCAUACACGUCCAGACGCUACUCUUCCACAACGCCGUCCGUAACUCAUGGCUCAACGAUGCCGAGCUUCACAAGAUCCUGCUUGACAGUCUCAGCCAAGGCCUCAAGGAUGAGAUCGAUCGCUGGAAGAUCAACAUGGGCUUGAAGGAACCACCUCCGAAGAAGAAGCAAAAGGGCAAAGCCAAGGGAAACAGCAAAGCCAGAGACUGGGGACAAGACGCCGAUAGACUCGAGCCCGGCGUGCCCAACCUCAGCAGUGGAGACCCUCUACUUAGACUGCUCAAGGUCUUGACCGCCUACUGGAGGAAGCGUUUCAACGUCACAGCUCCUGGUAUCCGCAAGCAAGGCUAUCUACCUCAAAGACUCAUCACCUACGAGAUCAAAGCCUGGGACAAGAACAAGUCCAACUUCGAACGACAUGGUGAGCGUAUUGAGAACAUCGACGAGUUCCGCAAGUGUGCAAAGGCAUGUCGAGGUUCGCGAGAUGUCGGUGCUCAACUCUUUACCGCUCUGAUUAGAGCUAUUGGCAUCGAGUCCAGGAUGGUGGCCAGCUUGCAGCCUGCAGGUUUUGGCUGGACAAAAGUCGAGGAUGGCGAGAUUAAGAAGCCGCCUCCAACUUCCUCCCAGAAUCCUGUCGAGAUCUCUGACGACGACAGUGUGACCGCCGAAUCUCCCAAAGCCAAAGCAAAGCCGAAGCCGAGGAAGCCGCUCAAGAUUGAGAAGCCUGCUCGAAAGUCCACUCGCAAAGCGGAAAAUGAAACGGUCAAAGAUGAGUCUAGUUCACUCUCUAGCGCUGCAUCAGACGCCGCCGACGACGACGAUGAUGAUGAUGCAUCAGUGAUUGACAUCACACCCGGAAUUCCGCCAAAGAACACCAAAAAGUAUGAUCGCGACCUUGCAUACCCUCAUUACUGGACAGAAGUUCUCUCGCCUGUGUCAAAUACCUACAUCCCUGUCGACUCCAUUGUCUUGUCGACUGUUGCUAGUACGCAAGAGUUACUUUCUACUUUCGAGCCUCGAGGCAAGCGUGCCGACCAAGCCAGACAGGUCAUCUGCUAUGUUAUCGCACACAAUCCUGACACCACUGCGAAAGAUGUCACAAUCCGCUACUUGAAAAAGCAUCAACUACCUGGCCGUACGAAGGGCUUCCGAAUGCCUGUGGAAAAGAUCCCAGUGUUGAACAAGCGCGGUAAAGUCAUCAAGACCGAAGACUACGACUUCUUCAAGCGCAUCAUGUCACCAUUCGUUCGUCCACAAAAUAAGCGUACGGCAGCAGACGAUGUUGAAGAGUCCACUGAUCUCAAGCCCUUCAAGCCAGCGACCGAGAAGGCCAAAGUUGCCACCGAGUCUUUGCAGUGGUACAAGCAGAGCGCCGAAUUUGUGCUCGAGCGUCAUCUGCGUCGUGAAGAAGCUAUUCUGCCAGAUUCAAAGCAAGUCAGAACUUUCACUUUUGGCAAGGGCGACAAGGAAAAGACAGAGCCCGUCUACAGGCGAGCAGAUGUCGUGAAUUGCAAGACCGUUGAAUCAUGGCACAAAGAAGGUCGCCAGAUCCAGAUGGGUGAACAGCCACUCAAGAUGGUUCCUGUUCGCGCAGUGACUCUCAUGCGUAAGCGUGAGAUGGAAGAGGCUGAACGUGAGACGGGCGAAAAGCUCAAGCAAGGUCUCUACGGCAUUGACCAGACUGAAUGGAUCAUCCCACCUCCCAUCAAAGAUGGUGUCAUUCCUAAGAACGCAUACAACAACAUUGAUGUGUAUGUGCCUUCCAUGGUACCCAAAGGCGCUGUUCACAUUCCUCUUCGAAGUACCGCCAGAAUCUGCAGAAAACUCAACAUCGACUACGCCGAAGCUUGUACAGGUUUCGAGUUCGGCAAGCAGCGUGCGGUUCCUGUAAUCACUGGCGUAGUCGUGGCUGCUGAAAACGAAGAUGCUGUCAUCGAUGCCUGGGAGAUUGAGGAAGCAGAACGUAAACGUAAAGAGGACGUCAAGAGACAGGCUACUAACCUGCAUCUGUGGCGGAAGUUCCUCAUGGGCUUGCGUAUUGUUGAACGUAUAAGAACAGAUUACGCUGGUCGAUCGAAUGAAGCUGAAGAAAUCAAUCCCUUCGUCAACCGCGACAAGCAAAAGAAGAAGAAGGCACCCAGAGAUGAGAUGACUAUGGGUGGCGGCUUCGUGGUCUCCGGCGAUGAGGACGAGGACGAGAAAGUCGAAGAGACGAAGGAAGAAGACACCAAUCUCAGUCUUGGUGGCGGUGGUGGUUUCAUGCCCGAAGACGAAGACGAAGAUGAAGACGACACCAAAGCAGAAGACAUCGAGAUGGGCGGUGGUUUUCUGCUCGACGACGACGAAGCAGAGGAAGAAAAGAAGCCAGUCACCAGCUCGCACUUUGCACCAAUGUCUCUCGCGUCAGCAGCUCACCGUCAAGCUCAAUCCUCAGACGCAGAACCUGUAAAGGAGGAGAAUGAAAGCGAGGAAGAACUAGAGGACGACGAACCUCCACCUCAACGUCGUAAACCUCGUACAUCUGCCGCUGCCAAACCCACUACCAAAUCAAAAGCAGCCCCAAAACCCAAGGCCAAAGCAGCACCAAAAGCAAAAUCUGCACCCAAGCGUCCAGCAAGAAGAUCGAAAGCCAUCAUCUCUGAAUCGGAAGACGAAGCCGAAGACGAAGAAGACGAAGCAGCACAAUCCUCAGACCUCUCGGAUCUCACCGAUGCAUCUGAAGAUGACGCCGCCCCUGUCAUCAAGGAACGUAACUCAUCACCCAAAGUCAUCAUCUCCCCACGCAAACCCAUCAAGAAAGAGAUUAAGAGUCCUUAUUUCUCACAUACCGAGGAUGAUGGCGAGGGUGAGGAGAUGGAAGAGGAUGAGAGUGAGGAAGAGGUUGUGAAGCCGAGAGCGACUACUAGACGUACCAGAGGGAUGAAUUAG